AUGAAUUUCUCAAACAAUAGCACGAUGACUGAGGAGGAGACAAAAUAUUUUUAUAGAAAUAUUUAUAUGAAAAUAUGCAAUCAGGGUUGUCAAAAAUAUGGCAGUAAAAUACGACAAAAAGUAUCGCUGCAAGGAGAUGAUGACCAGGGCAAUUUUAAUGCAACAUUGAUUUUUAUCUGUUAUAAAUGCAAAUACACGAUUUCAAUGUGA